UAUAUCUUAUCAACAUAUCCGUAUCUAUCAUACCGUCAUAAAUAUAAUUGACAUUUGUUAUGUCUUAAAAUUUAAGACAAGACAAGACAAAAAAAAUAAUUAGCGAACUUUAACACAAUUAAAAAAAAAAAAAAUAAGAUCAGUAAUUUGUUUUGUUUGAUCUUUACAACCAAUCGAAAGUAUUGAUCUGAACUGGCCCAUAAAGGAAUAUGUCACUGUCUCUAAAGUCAUAUAUCUUUUCCUUAUUGGACGAUCAGAUUGAUUCCAUCAGUCAAACCAAAACCAUCAAGCUAAACAACAUCCUAAACCAUACAGGGAAUGGUAACGAUAACACAACAGGUUCUAGUGAUAAUAAUAAUGGUAAGGUUUCAUUUUCAUUUCUUGAAGUGAUAGAAAUCGUAUAUGAAUUCUUAUAUUCUUUCAAUCCGCCCUUUGAAUGUGAAAGAUUAAGUCUUCAGAAUAAUCAUUUAACUGAACUCGCCUUGAUUAAUAGUACAUCAGCUUCAUUUUCAUUCACAUCUUCAUUCACAUCAUUUUUAUCCACCAUUCGAUAUUUAGAUUUACAUAAUAAUCAAAUCAGUCAGAUCUCAGAUGAGAUCUAUCAUGAAUUAUCUCGACUUGAAAUCUUUGAUUUAUCCAAUAAUAAAUUAAAUCAUUUAUCAAAUUCAAUCAUUAAUCUUCGAAAUUUAAGAAUUUUAUCCAUAAAAGAUAAUAAAUUUAAAAUCUUACCAUCAUGGCUAAGUGAUAUGAAUAGUCUUAAUUUGAUUGAAAUAUUAGGAAAUCCAUUGGUUAUACCUCCUACUGAUUUAAUUAAAAGUUUGAAUUCAAAUGCAAAUGAUUUGAAAUUGUUUUUAUCAACAAAUAGAGAAACUAUAGAUUCAAAAGUUUAUGAACAAUUUUAUAAUACCUUAUCAAGAACACGAAGUAUAUCAGAUACCAAAUCAAAAGCUUCAAGAGCUGCCAGAAGAAUGGGGUUAAUCAUUAAGAAACCUCAAGAUAUAAAUAAUGAAGAUGAUGAUGAAAAUGGUGGCGUAACUACUACUUCAAAUAAUAUAACUCCAAUAGCAUCCCAUAAUACUAGCACAGUCAUUCCUGAAAUUGAAACCAAUGGUCAUAGCAAUAAUGAUAUAUCAAAUAUAACUUCAAGUUUAAAUGAUUUGAUAGUACCGAUGACUUCAACUUCUACAUCUGUAAUAGAUUCAACCUUUUCGGCUGGAACUCCACCUUUCCUCACAGUUUCAACUACUACGGCCACCACAGUUCCAAACUCUCCCACUGUAUCAACUUCAAAAUCAUCAGGUGGAGUUUCAUCUAAUCCAAAUUCAAAUACAUCAACAUUAAGUCGACCAUCAAGUAGAAAUCGAUCAAGAUCAAAUACUCUCAAAGAAAUUGAUAAAAUCUUGGAAAAAAAUGAAAAUGUUGAUACUGAACAUAAAUCAGGAGCUUACUUUAGAAGAUUAUCUACUUUACAAGAAAACCCUGGAUUGGAAGUUAAAGAAAAUUCAUCCCUUUCAACAUCUCCAACUCAAAAAGUUAUCACCAAUAAUAAUAAAAUUCAUCAUUUUAAUAAAACAGAUGAAAUAAAACAAACUGCCAUUCCUAUUAGAUUAGGAUCGAAUAACAAUAGCUCACAAGAAUCUUCCAUAGCUACCGCUUCCCCUACUAAAGUUUCAUUCACGUCUCCAAAAAGACAUUCAUCAUCAGUUAUAGUUAAAGUAUCAAGAAAGAUUUUGUUUUCAUUUAGUGAGUUGCAUUCAUCAGUUAGAAGAUUUACAGGAUUCUGUAGUGAUAAGAAAAUAACUAUGAAAAUGGUAUCUUAUCUAUACGCUACUAAAUCAAAUAUCGAUUCAUUGGUGGAGAAUCUUGAAUUGAUGGAAGAAAAUAGUAAUAAUUUAGAUCAAAUUAUAACUUGUUUACAAACUUGUAUUGGGUCUUUCAAAUUAAUCAUGAAUUUGUUAAAUGAGAAUUUCGUUACUUUUGUAAAUAAAAUUGACGUUUGCUUUAUUAGAAUGCUUUAUUUGACAUUAUAUGGUUCAUUGAAUGAAUUACUAAAUGCUUAUAAGAUCUUAGUUCCUGAAUUUAGUAUUACAUCUGAAGUGCAACCUAUUAAUGACGAAGAAUAUCAACAAUAUGAAAAGGAAAGAUCUCAAAUCCAAGAUCACGAAUAUCACGAGUAUCAAAAACAACAAGAAGAACAGUAUCAUGAAAGAGUUCUUUAUCAUCAAAGACAACUUGAACAAGAACAACAAGAAUGGGAACGUCAACAACAAGAACAAGCAUUUUAUCAAUCUAAUGACCAAGAACAACACUAUCAAGAUCAGCCUGAUAAUGAUCAACAAGAACAACCUCAAGAUCAAUUUCCAAGAGAACAAAAUCAACACGAUUCACAGGAACAAAGUCAAAGUCAACCACAGCCAGAAGAAGAAAAGGAGACUCCACCACAAGUUCCUCAGAAAUUAACUAUUAAUACCAACUUCAGUCAUGAUGAUGUGGAUGAAAAAUUGUAUAGUACUGUUGAAAUUGCAACCACAACAGCUCAAACUAUUUUCAGUGAAUUAAAUAGAGCUAUCAGUAAAAGUGCAAUGGCUACUGCUACAUCAUCUAAUCCAACCGUUAAUCAAACUGUUGCUGCUAAAGUUAAAGAAUUGACUAAUGUUUGUUUAUCCUCAUUGGAUGUUACUAAAAGAUUAAGGACUAAAUUAGUCAGUAUUCGAAAUAGUCCUUCCCAGAAUACAAAGAAGUUAUUUGGUGAAGAUAUUAAUUCAUUCAUUAAAGCUAUGAUUCAAACUUUAGCUACAGUGAAGGGUAUUGCUAAAGAUUUACCUAUCUUAGAUGAUAUUCGUGAUCUGAUGUCCCAUCUUACUAGAACUUGUAAGGAAGUUACUUAUAUGUUAGAAUUAUCUUCUUACAAAGGUUUGACAAACUCCAACGGAGACUAUGCUGGUCCUCCACCAUUAUCAGCCAUGCCAAGUGUAUCCAAUAUCUUCACACCAGUAUCACAUACUGCUAGUCAAACUAAUUCACUAAGUAACAAUACUAAUUCCCUGUCAGUUGUAAAUCUAGCUCAAUUGAGUAAUAAUUCAUUGUUAGUGAAUAGUGGUGGUCCAGCUCCAGUAAGAACCCCAUUGGUUGCAACUUUGGGUCCUGCUGCACAAGCUAUUAUGCCUAGCAACACAAUCAGUCAUAAUACCAACAGUCUUGAAAAUGGUCCUGCAUCAGCCGUCCAUCAAACUAGCGGAUUUAAUAGCAGUCCCCUUGCUAGUCCAAAUAUUGGCGGUAAUGGUCCAGUUACAGCUCCUCCGCAAUCUAGUGGACAAUUCUAUGCUAGUCAUGGAAUGAAUCCAUUCGAUGGUUUAAUUAUGGCUCAACGACAAUCACAAGAUGACCAUAAUGGUAAUGAUCAUUAGCCAUUAGAUUAAAUGUCAAUAUACAUGUUUAUAUUGUUCCACUUUUUCACUGUAGAAAUUUACAUAACCCCACUGAGCUCGGAGGUGAAUAUCUCUUGGUUCGGUGUUUCCUUCAAUUUACGUACAUAUUGGGCUAUUGGCG